AUGGCAAUCAAAAAGAGGAAGUCCAGCAAUAUUAAGACACUGCGCAAUGCCCAAAAUAAUCAACAUCCUCACAGCUCAAACGACCCGGCACGUCUGAAGCCGGAAAAUGUAGGAGGUCCGGUUCAUGACGAAAGUGACAUUCUUUCAUACCGAGCAUAUUUGACCCAAAACCUCAUCAAGGCAAGCGAAAUGAUGGACAUUUUGACCACCCAAAACAUACGUAUAUCAAAAAUUCUGCCCCCACCGAUCUACCGGAAUUUUGAUUUGAAAGGUAUGAAGAAAUCUAUAGAGCUCGAAAAAGAGAAUAUUGAUGCUCUCAAAACGCGACUGCAAAGCUAUCGUCAAGAGCUUCCUCCAGAGCAUGUGGCCUUGAAAGAUUUGUCCGAAGCUGUUUCCAAUGAAGGCACCGACACGCGAGCAAUCGAAAGAAUACAAAACACAUUUAUGUCAAGGUUUGGAAAGCAUCUGCAAGAUGACCGAAUCGUGUUUCAUCAUCAAAAGUUCCCGCAGCUACGCGGCGACCCGUCACAGGCCCCCGCUGAUUAUUGGGCCAAACGGGGAGAAAUUUUGGCCCAGCAGCGGGAAGAAACAUUAAGAUUGAAGGCACUCCGAGCAGCUGAAGAACAAGAAGAGCUCAGACGUCGCUCAGAAGAGCAGGAAAGACUGCGACAGAAACAGGAAGAACAGAAGCUCUUCGAGGACCCUUUCGCGCAGCAGCAACAACAACAAAGUCAACCAGUCCCUGGCGUUCUUGCCUACAAUGGUAAUAGCAAUCAGAGUCAGCAGCAACCGACAGAUCCAUCGCAACAGGGAAUGCUUGGCUCAAUUUUUGGCGACGUAAACGGAGAAAAUUUUAAUAACGGCUUCGAGGACGAGUUUGGCGAUCUGGAUACUGCUUUCUUUUGA